AUGGCACCAAACCUCAAAACCCCACAUCUCGAGCAUAUUCAUCAUAUGAUCCAAAAUGGCCUAUGCCGCCGGCUGCUGGCGUCUGGCUCCCUUGAUAAAACGCUGCGGUUCUGGGACACGGCUACGGGCAGCCUACAGCAGACCCUGAUGGGCCAUUCCGGAUCGGUUCACUCGGUGGCCUUCUCGCCUGACGGCCGGCUGCUGGCGUCUGGCUCCGGUGAUAACACAGUGCGGCUCUGGGACCCGGUGACGGACGCGCCGCACCAGGCUCUCGAGGGCCAUUCCGGUUGGGUUCGGUCGGUAGCCUUCUCGCCGGACGGCCGGUUGCUGGCGUCCGGUUCAUAUGAUUAUACUGUGCGGCUCUGGGACACAGCUACGGGCGGCCUACAGCAGAUCCUCGAAGGCCAUUCGGAAUCGGUUCACUCGGUGGCCUUCUUGCCUGACGGCCGGCUGUUGGCGUCUGGCUCCAAUGAUAAGACCGUGCGGCUCUGGGACUCGGCGACGGGAGCACUGCACCAGGCCUGGAGUCUCAAAGGACUUACUACAACCCUUACAUUCUCCACGGACGGUUCAUACCUAAAGACAGACUUGGGCUCCCUCCACGUUCAGUCUAGGGGUGACAAUCAUACUCCUGGUCCACCUUAUGUCAAUCUGGCAAUCUACAUCGAGCAAGGGAAAUGGAUAAUAUUGAACGGCGAAAAGGUUCUAUGGCUUCCUGCAGAGUCUCGGUCUACGUGUUCUGCCACUAAUGGUACUGUAGCAGCAUCUCUCUUACCCAGAAAAAAUGCCGUGGUGAUCGCUCAGCUCUCAAGCGUUCUAUCCCAAUCCUGA